CAUAUGCUCUCAUCUCUCUCCAUUUCAGGAUGCUUGACAGAGAUUUUUUUUUUUUUUUUUAAGUUAGAUAAUACUGACCUUAUGGCCCGAUAAAAACAUAUCUUGGUCUUCGCCAAGAAAAUAUUAUAUUUGUCCAGUUAAUUUUUCCCAGGAAAUCAAUCUGAAACAAAAUUAGGCAAACAUCCGAAGUAAAAAGCCAGGCAUCUCGCCCUCUGAAUUCUAUUAUGGAGUGAUAGAGUGACACUCCCCGCUGAAGAAUCGACAUCCAUGUCCCUCACUUCUCUAGCCACGUCUUAGAAGAAAACCAGACAUUAUGCGUUACUUCGAUUUUCUUUCGCUUUUCCCCUACAACACUUCAUUUUUCUCACCUUUCUUUUCUCAUCUAAGCUAUCGUCUCUCUUGCAUGCCUUAGCAACGCCUCCUGCACACCCAUUAUCUGCUAAAACUUUUCCUGUUCUUCUUACAACUUGCUGGCAUUUACUGCCCAUUGUUCUUUUAAGUGUAUGGUGAGCGUCAUUCUAUUAAUAAUAAAUAUAGGUUCCCAAGUAUUGAUUCGAUUAGAUUUUUGUGACUGAUGGGUCCUGUAAGAGGUUUAAAAAAGAGAAAAAAGUCUGAGAAGAAGCACGACGAGAAUAGUUCUGCUUCUGAUUUGCCGGCGAAAGAGGGCCCGUUGGAUUGGUGGAUUGAGUUCUCAAAGAGGAUUAGUGAUCUUCAUCAAUCUCCGCCAAAGGAGUUGGAUAACUUCGAAUCUAUUUUUAGGAUCUCCAGAAAGACUUUUGAGUACAUAUGUUCACUGGUGAAGGAUGAUAUGAUGGCAAAAUCUGCGCAUUUUGUGUUUGCUAAUGGCAAGCCAAUGUCUUUAUAUGAUCGAGUAGCUGUAGCAUUAAGACGACUAGGAUCUGGUGAGUCACUAGUCACCAUUGGCGAUUCAUUUGGGCUGAAUCACUCAACUGUUUCGCAAGUCACUUGGCGAUUUGUUGAAUCUAUGGAAGAAAGGGGUCUACAGCAUCUGCAAUGGCCUUCUACAGAAGCAGAAAUUAUAUCAAUCAAAUCCAAAUUUGAAAAGGUACGAGGCCUCCCCAAUUGCUGUGGUGUAAUUGAUGCUACUCACAUCAUGAUGUGUUUGCCUGCCUCGGAACCUGCUAGUAAUGUGUGGCUGGAUCACAAGAAGAAUCACAGCAUGGUGUUGCAAGCAAUAGUAGAUCCUGACAUGAGGUUCAGGGACAUAGUCACUGGCUGGCCGGGCAGAAUGAAGGAUUGGCUGGUUUUUGAGAGUUCCAAUUUCUACAAACUUUGUAACAAGGGAGAGAGGUUGAAUGGGAAGAAAUUUCUGCUUCCCGAAGGAUCAGAAGUAAGGGAAUACAUAAUUGGGGAUUCUGGCUUCCCAUUACUGCCAUACCUGGUAGUUCCUUAUGAAGGUAAAGAGCUUCCAGAGCUCAAAGCAGAGUUCAAUAGGCGGCAUUUGGCAACACGGAUUGUGGCACAGAGGGCGCUGGCAAGACUGAAGGACAUGUGGAGAAUUAUUCAAGGAGUGAUGUGGAGGCCUGAUAAACAUAAGCUGCCCAGGAUUAUUCUGGUUUGCUGUUUGCUUCACAACAUUGUGAUUGAUAUGGAAGAUGAAGUACAGGAUGAGCUUUCUUUGGCUCACAACCAUGACUCUGGUUAUCAUCAACUGAUUUGUGAAGCUGUUGACGUAAAAGGAGCAUUACUAAGAGAUAACUUAUCUCUCUUCUUGACUGGAAGGUUGCGUCCGUGAUGUUUUGUCUAUUACUUUCGAUCGGUGCCUCAAGAAUGUAUCUGGAAAUUUGAGUUUCUGAGAGUCAAUUCUCCUCCCUAAUUUUAACUUUUUAAUCCAAGUUGUGCAUUACUGAGUGAAGAUUGCAGUUUAUAGUAUUUUGAUUGAGAA